AUAGCAGUAACUCCAUUUAAUGUGCUCAAAACUACUUUAUUAAGUAGUCAGUAUUAUUAUCCCCAUUUUCCAUUGAGGAAACCAAGACAGAGCGAAAUUAAGCAACCAGCCGAAGGUCGCAAGACUAGUAAGUGGCGGAACCUGGAUUAGAACCCAAGAAUGUUUGGCUCCAGUAUCCAUAGCCCGAAGUAAUAGGCUAUUCAUUCUCUUUACCGACAGAUUAGUUGUAGCUGAAGACAUUAGGAAAGGCUUUAUGGAGAAACUGGCAUUUUAAGGUUCCUAAGAGGAGAUUGUGAUUUGAUGUAUGCAUAGUAUUAACUGACCUGUACAUAGGAGGAACUUAAUAUGUAUUUGUUUAAUCAGUAAGUGAUUCAUUUUAACCGCUAGAUGAUUCCUUCAGUCACUAUCUGCCAGCAGCCCAGGGCUUGCAAAAUGAGAAAAUGAGGGACCCAGGGCAAUGAGCUCAUUUUGCUUUUUCGCAGAGGUGACUUUCUUCCAACUAAAGUCUGUGUUUCCCAAGGGGCAUCUCUUUGCAUUCUGGGUGCGACACUUCCUCGUUGUGAGGGGAUACACUGCAGAAUGUUCAGCAACAUUUAGAAUGUCUCCCCAUUGCCCCUUCCCAAUUACUGGGACAUUGGAGAAUCCCUUCCCUCCCCAAUUUCCUAGAUCCCCCUAAAGACCUAGUCAAGAACCGGUGCACUGGACUCUGGCUACCACAGAUCAAAGAACUCCUGCAAAAGAACUGCAGGAUCCACCUGAGUCCAGAGAAACAGUCCCUCUUCCCCUUGGCAUGGCUGCGUGCUCAUGAUAGAAAGAAGCAGGGCUUCCCUGCUAGCAAGGGGGCUCUGAGUUUGAGUUUCAGUUGGUUUCAAAUGUUCAUUUUGCUUUUUUGUUCUUUUUUGAUGAGCAUAAAGCAGUUUCCCCUUUCACAUAAAUACUGCUGAGCACAUACCACUAUAUAACACACCCCAAAACAAUCUCUUUCAAUCUCAAUAAAAAGAAAAAUAUCAGAAAGGGAAAAGUGUUCAUUCAUUAUUUUUGAAAAUGUGAAAAAACUCUUGGAAGAGCAAUUUUUCUUGUUGACCAGCAGAAAAACAUCAGCGUUAAUUAUGUUGCCUUGUUAAAUCUGAAAGAAGACAGUGAACAUUGGAAACCUUUCUGAUUGCCUUUGUGGGAAGAUAUCUACGGGAUCAGAUGCUGUCCCUGCCAGAGAGGCAGUCAGACAGGUGUGCCCGUCCCAAGUGAGUCUGGGUGCGCUCAGAGGACGCUGUGAGCUUCAGCCUGUGGGCAAUCUGAGGAAUAAUUCCUGUGGUGGUGAGUGGUGAGGAAAGAUAGAUAGAAUUUCCACUUCAGGUUUUGAGCACUGGCCGUUUCUUUCCUUUUCCUCCUUUACCCUGUGGAGAGAGGGGAAGGAGGUGAAUUUGAAUAGAGUUGCAGAGGUACCCAGAUGCAUUUGGGUGCCCGAAUGCAAGAUGUCUUCACACUUGUCUUGGCCCCUGGUGGCAGAAAAGCUAACUAUGGGAAAGGGAGAAAGCAUCUUGCCUCCAGUGACAUAGUGCUGUCCAAAAAGCACUGGCAAAGUGAGAGGCUUGCAUAGAAAAAUAAAAACAAAAGCAAAACUGUGACUUGUAUAAAAAAAAUGGAAACACGGCAUUGCUUUCCCGUCAAUCCAGUUGCAGGAUAGGAAUUUGGGUAAACAAAGAGCCCUAGAAGUGUAGAAGAAUGCCACUGGAUGUAGAAACAGGAGUUCAGAGGCCAGCUUUGGUACCCUGCUUGAAUUUCAGAUGAGGUGAAACCCGGAGCUCUGCUAAGUUGCAGCACCAAGGCUUCUUGAGGAAAGCAAUUUAUUUUUGAUUCCAGCAGAGCAGCUAUCGUUUAAACGGCCAGGGGUUGUAAUUGAACAAGAACUAACCUUCUCUGUGAACACAGGGUGCAGUAGUAAGUGUACACAGGCUGAUCGAAAUAACGUGGACGCCAGGCCUUCCAGACGGAUGGGCGGGGUAGCCCAACCACCGUGGACUAGGGUCUUGCCAGCUUCCCAACAACCAGCCCAUUCAAAAUUACAUUCUGGGAAAUGUACACAGCUGGGAUUCAAAUGUGCACUUGUCCAUUUUGGGGGAUAUUAAUAUGAAAUGGCUAGGAGGCAACAAUCUUGAGGAAAUGAGAGAACAUACAGUUAGCACUAGGGAACUUUUUAUUCAAUUUCCAUCUUAGUCUGGGGUCAUGAGGGGCUUGUGGGGUGUUGUGUGUGGUGAGAAUCCAAGACAAAGGGUUCCUCUUGAUACUGGAUAAUUUUUACUUUGAUAAUGAAGGGGAUGUGCCUACCCUGAAAACCCCAGAAUGUCAUCCUGUCAUUAAGAACUAAUGAAAGUUUUAUUGCUCUGUUGGGAAAAAACGAUGUGUCUCAUUUCCGCACACCAAAUUUGCCCCCUUCUUGUUAUGAAUAUAUCCAGUUGUAUGAAAUUCACUAUUUCUCCAGAGUUGCCCAGAGACUCAGAAGGCAUCUUUUCAUCCAGGCUCAAUUAUUUUUGUUUUUAAUAAAAGAGCAUGUCACAAUGCACUGGCUGUUUUUGUAAGUUUCUAAUGAAAGCAAUAACUGCCACAUAUUUACAGAUAACCUAGAAAUACUUACAAUAAAUAGUAAUAAUUCCUGCAUCUAGCUGUACUUCCUAAAUGCAGCUGCUGUAGACCAUUCCUGGUGUAUCUCCACAUUGCUACUUAAUAUGUUAUCCAUUUUAUACAGUAUCUAGUGAUUUUCUUUUAAGGAAGAGAAGGAUUUACCUUACUUUCAGUUACCUAUGCACAUUCUGCCUCUAUAAGAUGACAUUAUUCUCAACUUCCAUUGGUCUUGCCACUUCCAAAUCAUAUUUAAACCCCUCUUACUGGCCCACCAAUCUAGGCAGCAUCUCUCACCUCCUCACCACCCAUGAGAUAUGUUCUUCUUCCUCGUCCACCUGCCCUUCUCAGUCAGCUAUACCAGUAUUUCUGCAGUCAAGUUUAAUUUACAUUUGCUCUGUCACCAGAGUAGUCUUUCCUUGUGAUGUUUCCGACAUUGAAAAUAAUAAAACGGAUUUGUGUAAUUAAGGUUUUGCUAGAUUAUUUACAGAAAACCAGGGUGGUUUCUACGUACAGUGUCACAGCUCUUGUGAUACUUGAAAGAGAUUGUGCCACAGAGUCAGGGUCAAAUGGAUCCUCUUCCUUUGUCAUUUUGUCAAAACCUUCCAUCUUUUAGUGCGUGUAACAUGUAUUUCAAGUCUCUCUCAUAAAGUUACUUGUAUUUUUCUCUACUGGAAUUUCUGAUGUCCUCUUGCUUUACCUGAGUGUGGGCCUUAUUCAUAUCUUCAAGUUUUUCAAAGCUUGUAGUUGUACUGUUUAUUUUUUGUGAAUUUAACAAGGCUCUAUAACUUGUUUAGAAGUUCUAUUUUUAUUUUAUUUAUUGAAUAGAACAUGACUGGGUGUCCUCAAUGAAAACAUUUCCCUUCUUUCUCAGUUUAUAAAUGGGCAAACACCUCAAGAGUUGGACGUGCCCAAGGAGAAAUGCAAUAUCCAAUGGUUAUGCAAAACUAGUCAAUGACAGAGAGAUUCAAAUUAAAAUCCUCUGUAUAUCUAUAAAAUUAACAAAGAUUUUAAAAUAUGAUUUCAACUGUGAAGAAAUGUCAUUCAGAUUCGGCCAACAUCUCGUCAAGCCCUCUGUGGUCUUCCUCAAAACUGAGCUGUCCUAUGCCCUCGUGAACAGGAAGCCCGUGGUACCAGGACAUGUCCUCGUGUGCCCUCUUCGGCCAGUGGAGCGCUUCCGAGAUCUGCGUCCUGACGAAGUGGCCGAUUUGUUUCAGGCCACGCAGAGGGUCGGGACGGCGGUGGAGAAGCAUUUCCAGGGGACUUCUCUCACCUUGUCCAUGCAGGAUGGCCCCGAAGCUGGACAGACUGUGAAGAGGAGCAGGUUGGGAUUCUCAGGAGAUUCUCACUUGUUCAGCCCAACCACAAGCAUGAUGGAAGUGAUGGACGAGGAGAGAAGAGGGGAAGAGAAGGUUAGCACCAGAAGGAACUGUAGAGACAUUGUUUCAGAACAGACAUUACACAGUAGGCGUCUUCUGCUCUCCGAUUCACACCCACGCAGACAUCAUGAUUCCACCGCGAGAGUUUUCCCUGCCUAGCUCAGACCUCUUGAUACAACCCUCCAGGCAGCAGCAUCUGCUCGCACAGAGUUGAUACGUGAUGCAAAACCUCUUUGGCGUUUCUGGUUUUGUUCAUGUCUCCUUAUUUAUAUAAGAUACUUAAUUAUAUUGCUUCAUUUAUAUUUGUCUUCCUCAGCAGAUAAUCAGUUGUAAGAGGAGAGUUUUCUUCAGAAGAACCCUCACCUGCCUUUUCUCCCACAGAUGAGGCUGUUUCAGGGAGACCUCACCACAGAAUGAUCAA